UUCGGGAGUUCGGGGUAGUCGGAUGUGACAGGGUUGUGUUCGUAAGUGUCAACCGGCGGACGAUUGUUUUGUUGUGCUCUAAUGUCAUUCAUUUAAACGCUAUCGAACACGGCAUCAGACACGAUAUAUCCGCGAGUGUUCCCGCGCCAGCAUCGACGAUCGUUCGGGGCGGGAAACGGUAUAUUCGACCGGUUCCUCCGAGUCGAGCGGCAAGUGUGUCAAACUCGAUGUAACGUGUUUUCUGUGCGUCCAUAGGCAGCGUAGCCGUGCAGUGGUCCGCUCAGUUUCGGAUACGUUUCUCGUCGAAUAAAAAUGCCGGUGUGGUGGUGAUCGUGGCCUCGAAGCGAGUCCUUUUACGGCGGGGACGAGCAUCGAAAGCGGAGACAGCCAGCCUCCCUCCUCUUCUCCUCUCUUGCUCUCUUGCUCUCUCCCACCGUCCGCGACUUUGGCCCAGAGACACGAAAGGCACCCGGCCCGACGAACCAACAACUACGAGAAACAAGAAGAAGAAACGUCUCGGAACGGCAGGUACAGCGCCAGCAUGGAAUAAAGGGACGCCGCGGGAUCAUAAACCGAGAGGAUUCGGAGGAAGGGCAUUCUCUUUCUUGGCCCUGGAUAGUAGGGUCAGGUAGAGCCACGAAUGAAAUGAACCGGCCUGGAGAAAUAGAAACCACGAGAGGUAAAUAGCGGGAGGGAAAGUUGGUGCAGAGGUGGGAAUCCUGAAGCGGUGAGAAAAUUUCGGGUGUUGGAGAAUAUAGAAAUUUGGUGGUUCGGUUGUAGGAACAAGAGUCUCCUGGACAAAUAGAUAAGAAGAGAGACCUGGAAGAAAUUUGAGCGCUGGAGAAUAUAUACAACCAAGGAUUCCUCUGAACGAACAAAAGUCAACUGGAGGCGUUCAAAAUAGACGAGCACCUCGAAGACACACCCCAUGGAAACUAAGGCGCCAAGGAGGAUAGGAAAUUAAUGAUCGAUUGGUACGUCUGAACCUGCGAGAGUCUCUUCGGACGAUAAAUCGAGACGAUAGAGAAUCUAAUCUAAAGAGAGUCUCUGCAGAGAGAGAGAGAGAGAGAGAGAGAGAGAAAGAGACUCCCUGAAGAGACAAGAGACAGCUCGAGACGGGUAAUUCAAGGAGCGUAUAAAGAAAAACGUCGACUGGCAAGAAUGAAGAAAUAGGACACCUGAAAGGAGAUCUGGAAUGGUUCCUAGGAAGAAAGAUAGAGGAAGAGAUUAAGAAGAAUUGAGACGGAUAGCGACCCUGUCGAUAAACCGAUGAGGAGGACAGCAUUCGAGAGAGGGUUAGAGAGGAAUGAAAGCUUGAGAGAACAGAACUGUGGAAAGGAUAAGAAAUUGUAAAGGAGAGGGAAGCAGGGAUAGAGAAAUUGAUUGAGCAUUCGAGAGAGUAUUUGAGAAGAAUGGAAGCUAGAAGAUAGGGAGAGAAGGGAAGAGGAACUUUGGGAAAGGAUAAGGAAUCGCGAAAGAGAGGGAACUCGUGUAAUAAAAAUUGAUUAGAGAACGUGGAAAAGGCGUCGAUAUUAAGGGGCUGCGAAAGGAGAGGGGCUAAAUGCCUGAUAAACGGACGAUAAAGGUGGAAGAGGUCUAAGAGGGAGAGGAAUGGGUGCCGGGAUGGGCAGGAGCGGGACGAGCGGCGGGUUCCUCGAGGCACUUCCUACGGGAACGCCGCUCCACGUGGCCAUGCUCGGCCUCGACAGCGCCGGCAAAACGACGGCGUUGUAUCGGCUAAAGUUCGACCAAUACCUAAACACCGUGCCCACCAUCGGUUUCAACUGCGAGAGAAUCCGCGGCGGCAUCGGCAAAGCGAAAGGUGUGAAUUUCCUCGUGUGGGACGUGGGAGGCCAGGAGAAGUUACGGCCUUUGUGGAAAUCGUACACUCGAUGCACGGACGGGAUCAUCUUCGUGGUGGACUCCUGCGAUGCCGAGCGACUCGAGGAAGCGAAGAUGGAGCUGACCAGGACAGCCAGAAGUCCGGACAACGCCGGCGUGCCUAUCCUGAUCCUGGCCAAUAAGCAGGACUUGCCAGGUGCGAAAGAGGUCGGUGAGUUGGAGAAGCACCUGGGGGUCUUGGAGCUGGCAGGGAUGCCGGGUAGCGCGUGCAUCCGAGUGCAGCCGGCGUGCGCGAUCACCGGCGAGGGCCUGCACGAGGGCCUGGACACGUUGUACCAGCUGAUCCUGAAGCGACGUAAGCUGGCGAAGCUGAACAGGAAGCGGGCCAGGUAGGCCAGGGCCUCGGAGGACUGCACAUGCGUCUUCUGAUAUUGUCAGUCGCGGACAGUCUCUCCUUUGGCGCCAGCUACGCCUUCCACGGUGUCUUCGUCCUCGUCCACUUCGGCGUCGCGCGAUGCCGGCGUCCGGGAGGAGCUCGAGUGAGAGUACGCGAGGCAUCGUCUUCUUCGAAGAAACGUCGAGCCGAGGAUCGACGAUUAAGUUUCCGUCGGCGCUGUGACGGAUCGUGUCACCGGACAUCACCAGCCGGCGGACUCUCGAUCGUUGACGGAUCCUCCGAGCAAGGUCUCUCCCGAGGCGGAGACCGAUCGAGGAGAAGCUUGUCAUUGGAGAAACAGUUCUUCCAAAGAGUAGACGAAUCAUCCGGUCUUUUUCGAGAUCGAUCCUGAAAAGCUUCCGAAGGGAAGCGGGGGUCAACGGUUUCCGGAUACUGUGUUGUUCCCCGAGAACGACAACGAAACGAGUGCUUCUUCGACGCGUUCACGCGAAAAGCUCUGUUUCGUCGGACUUCCUUUUCGACGAAGAUGUUACACGGAGUCUGUCGUCGUCGACGAAACGAGACCGGCCGCGAGAAUCGGACGCCUAUUUUGCUGCCCCGGGAACGGGUCAGCGGGCAGGUCUUGCGAUAACGACGGCUCCGUCGCUGAUACAGAUUACGUGGCUCGUAUUAAUAACAAUGACGGGUCCCGCGCACGAACAUCUGCGUCUAUGGUAAUCGGAGCGACGUCCCGAGCCGGGGAUAAGCUUCUUGAGCGAUCGUUGGCGACGCGACUGGGCGGAAAGAUUCGCGCGAGCAACGAGCCAAAGAGAAACCGGCCGAUAAGAGCCACCGCUUUUCACAAUUCGCGUUCGUUUAAUUGUACACGUGUCUAGACGGCUGUUUAAACAAAGGGAUUCGGGACACUCGUUUGCCUGUCGUUUUUGCCCGAGAUAAGAACUGCCUUGGAUCCUCUUAUCUCGAUCUUGACUAAUUGACUAAGCCCUCCAGCCCUGUUUCAUUUAAACCCGACCCAAUUCUCGCUAAGUUCACAACCUACUUUCGUGCUUUCGAAACUCGCAAUUUCAAACGAUCGAUAAUAGCAAUUGAUUUCGACGAAAGAAACGAAAGCCGGUCGCCGGAGUCGCUCAAAAGGUUUUUCCUCGAUCGCCGAUGGUCCCUGGACGAGCAUACUCGUUCAGGCUACGGGGAUCGUCUCUCCGCGUCAAUAAAUCUCAAACAAUCAUGGUAAUCGAUCCUGUAUCGAACUAGGCGAACUCGUAGAUAUGUCGAGGUGGGAUCGCGGACCUAGGAGUCCCGGCGACGAUCGUGCCUCUCCGGAUUUUUGCACCUUUAUACGUUGUAAACGCGAUGAAGAGCGACGCGUCAGGGCGUCCUGUCGCGUCGCGUACCUCCCCUCCCCCCCCACCGUGUAAAACCGAUUUUUGUAAAAAGAUGUGAUAAAGAACGCCCCCCUCGUAAGCUCUGUAGCGUCGCGUAAAAAACCGCGUGUCGCCCGCGACAAUUCUCGACGUCUUGUUAACUGCGACGGACUAAUCACCGUCUUAUCUAAUUACCGUCGAGACUCGUCGGAGCAGCGUUCACGCGCGCCUGUAUAUUUGUACUCGUUGUCUGUCGUGGUAUUUAACAGGGGAAGGGGACAGCAGCUCCCACGGGAAGCGAACCGAUCGUUUUGAGCUUCGGAAUCAUACAUAUCUCGAGAAAGUCGCAUGGUGCUGCUCUCGAUGAUCGCUGGAUCGUGAUACACGAGGAUGAUAUCGUUUGUCUUUAGGAUAGAUCAAAGUAUUUCGUUGAGUUUUCGCGGGUUGUUACACGCGUUUCGGAAAUUUACGCGGCUUUCGAGUGUUGUUGUUCGACGUAAUUGUUGCGUUUCGUUCGCGGAAGUUUGGCCGGGUUCCGCGUUACAGCCUCGAAAGUCUAGGGUUAAAUUGGUAAGAAUAGUCUUUCGUUUGCGGAGGUUUGACUUCAGUGCCGUUUCAUGCGAAUUUCGAAGAGGAUGACGUUUGUCGAAAUGCAAUGGGCACACGAUGUUUUGUUUGACAAAUUUUAUAGGUAGCCGCAUUUUAUACCGGAGCGCCGGUUUGAAGAUUCCUAAACGAUGAUGUUUCGUUCGACGACGUUCAAAAGGCGCAAUGUUUUGUUUGAGAAAUUUUGCGGGAGGUAUCGUUUUUUAUGAAAUAAUUAUUAGAGACGAUCUUUUGUUUGAGAGAGUUUGACGAAAUUGUAUUGGGACGAGCGAGUGGCUUCGAGGAGUAUAAAAUUGUUUCAGUUUGAGCUUGACGAUAAUUUCGGCUAGUUUUUGAAUAGCGAUGAUCGAUCGUCGAUCUCGCGGUAGCUUGAACUACGGAAACCGGCUCAAAACGGUGUGCGCUCGCGGUUCUUGCCAGUGUUUACCGAAGCCCCUCGGUAACACUGACACUUCCGGUAACGAGUAGCUCUUAUCGACCAGCAGCUUGUCAGACAAUAUUCCCGGUUUCUGAUUCCUUUUCCCGAAGCUGUGCCGUUCCCGUGUGCGUAACGAUCGACGCGUGGAACGCACUCGAGACUGUCGAGACGGCUCUUCACCGUUUCGAGUGCGUUCCGCGGGUUAGACACGUGGGAACGCGGCUUAAUGGAACUCGAAAUCGUUGUCCGUGCGACCGACUAUCGUUAUCUGUUCGUUCAGGUGGCUCUCUGCUUGCUCUCCUUGAUCCGGAAAGGGGAGAUUACCGAUUGCAAACGGAAACUCGGCUCGCCAUCGAUAAUUCGCGAGUCCGCUAGGGAGUACAUCUCUAAGCAUAUCAUUCGUCUUUCCGCGAAAUCGAAGGUAGCAAUUUGACGAACAAAAAGAUUGCACGAGAACAGUGAUCGUUUCCGACUGAAUAAAUCAUUUUUUGCAAGAACGAGAGGAAUCUGUGAAACGAUCGGAGAGGAGUGAAUCGAUUAAUUGUCGUUAGGGUGCAAGGGAAAAAUGCGCGAAGUUAAUGGGGGCGAAAUGAUCGAUCGGCUCCGAUGAGAAACGUGAGCCAGGAAUUUCUGAAACGGUCGAAGACGAAACGAUCGAUCAAUUUUUGUUUGACGAUAGCGUCAAGUGAAUGGAAUUUAACGAUUUCAGUAACGGGAACUUCAAUGAGCGCACAAGUCUGUCGUUGUUUCGAGUCGGAGACGCGCGAGGACUCGAAUAAAGGAUGCUGGAAUAGCCAUGAGUGAGUCAUUGUACGAAACGUAUCACCAUGAACGGUGUCGAUGAGUCAUUAAAACCCUUGGCGAGGUUGAAGGGACUUGUCACCUAUGCGAGCUCCAGUAGCACCACGGCCCCUUUAAAUCGUUUCACUAUUUGCACUCGAUUAAUUGGUUGAGCGGAAUCAUUUAUUCCUCAUUGAAUUCUUUAUUUCUAGUCAGAAAAGGUGUAGCAUUAGUUGUAUCAAUGAAUUAUCAUUCGAUUAGAGAAUCGAUACCUUAAAUAAUCCUUGUUAAAAAUUCCAUAAAAUCAAAGCAAAAUUUAUUUUACCAAAUCGAGUUGUAAAAUCGAUUCCUCUCUCUUUCUAACCGCAAUUAAUACACGAACAAACCAAACGAUCGAUCGCUGUGUUAAAAUCAUGUUUCCGUGACGCGUUUAAAAAGAUUGCAGGGUUCUUUUAAUUUUCGGGAAUCUCGAAUUAAAUGCUGGAAAUAAGAGCUGCUCGUCCCGAUCGAAAGCAGCUGUACCGCGAGGAUUGUUCCACUUCCGUUCGCCUAAUCGCGAAAAGCGAGAAGCCUCUUGUUCAAGCUUCGAUUUCGUUCAGCGUUCUCGUGGCCGACCCUCCUCGCACUUCCCUGCGGACUGCAACUCUCCCCAGAUAAGCAAAUCUCAUUCGGAUCCGAUAUAAAACAACCCAGAUACCGAGAUCGAUCUUCCAGACGUCCGUCGGAACGUCUCUCAACGAAAGCACAUUGCGCAUCGCUUCGCCGUCGAUUCCCCGAAGAUACAACAUCGUUUAAUUAAAGUAUCCAAGUAGAACGACGGUACCGAAGCAAACAAGCAGAAAUAAACCGGACGAGGAACGAUGCAAACGGUCCGCGCGUAUUCCGUCUGAUGUCCACGUUGAAACUUUUCGAACGUAGCAAAACUCCUAACAAAGAUAGAAACUUCCGAAAAUAAACGACCUAAAUCGUUUUCCACGUCUCUGAUCGGGGUUGGGGACAAUCAGGAUUUAUUUUAAUCUCUGUCCUCUAAAUUUAAUCGGAUCCGGUUUGCUGCAGACACCGAAAGAUCCGAGAAAGUGCUUCCAGAAAGUAACCACCGAGAGGACGCGUCCUAGAAUGUUCUGAACGAGUUAGGGGAGCAUACAAAAUUCGAUCUCCGUUCUCCAAAUUGAAUUAACUUCGAGGAAAGUUCUUUCAUAAGGACAGAGAGAAAUCGCCAAGAAGAGAUCGAACAUAUUUUACUGCUAAAUUUGUUCGCCGAGGAACCCGAAGCGGACCGAAGUUCUUCCAUGAAAAAUCUGCGAAAGAAACGAACUUCCAGAAACGAAGGAAAUAUUCGGAGUUUCCCUCCAGGUGGAGUAGAAACAGACCUGACCGGAGAAGAAAAAUAACAGAAUUAAUAAUUAAUAGGGCAAGUUCGCCCGAGGGUUCUGGAAGUUUUCGGCCUCGGACAAGGAAAUUCCGAGUUUUCGUUCGAACUGUCGAAGAAGCCGCAAACAAUUUUCAUUAAAGAAUUGUCCCCUAUCGGAGGGGGGCAAGAAGAAUCGGCAAGGAAAAUUGUAGCCGCCCGGGGCUGGCGAAGUUUUUCGCGGAGAAGUCGCUGCGGGGAGCAGUCGGACUCGAUGUUUACCGGCGAGACGCGAGAAUCGAUAUUUAAUUCGAGAGACAGGGGAACGGAGACCGGAAGUCGCGGUCUGCGGCGAACGAUAUACGCGUUUGUUGUCCGGAAGUGACGACGGUCUGUCUCGUGACGGCGGUCGCCGCGAAAUCCGGAAGCGAGGAAAAAACGCGGGAGAGCGGAGUGAUUUAAAUUUCUCCGGAGAAAAACGCUGUAUCGAGUUGCCAGGAUUUGGUGAAUGCGUGAUUUCUAUUCUGUUCGAUCUAUGGCUCAUUGAAAUCACGACAAAGAAUUCAAUCUUGAUAAUUUACCUACUAAAAGUCAAUUAAGAUUUCAAAUUUAAUUUCCGUCAUCUCUUUCCCAAUGUAUCUUGAUAAAAAUGCAAGAAGGAUUAAGAAGCACUCGGUAUGUUGUUUAAAUUGCAGAAGUUGCGUUAGAAGGAUUCCCGAAUGGCUGUGUUACACGGAAAAGAAGUUUGCAAAUGUUUUAAGCCAAUAAUAGCUGCCCAAUGAAUCCUAAAUACACUCACCGAAACGAUACGAUUGUUAUCCGUGGUUUUAUCAUCGAGAACAAGUCGCGAUCAGCAAACUUCCCGGUCACGAAGGACCGGUUGUAAAGCCACAUCAGAAUUAGCCUCGCGGAGAAAAAUAGCACUUAGAAGAUGCAAAUGAGGUCUCGAAGAAGCAGGGAAUCGAUAAAAGCACAGCGAGUGAGUCAGAGUACAGGUGCGAUUCCUUGAGCGGGUCACGCGAUUUUUGAAUAUUCAGGGAAACCGGUGCCAGCGACGGGGGUAACCCGGUCGUUUCUAUGGGAAAUUCGAUCGACCGAGAGAAAAUGUGGGGGCGGUUCGUGUCACCGUCGGUCGACGUGCAGAAGGCGUGCAGAACGAGGAUCGAGGAAAUAAAGAUGCGGCAGCGAGCCGUGAAACGAAACGACCGCGUCCCUGGAAACGGGAAACGAUGAUGGCCGAUGGCCCGUGUUAUCAGAUAGCGGCAAAGUGAUAUUUCUAGCGCCCAAGGAAGACUCGCGGAGCCACGGAAUUCUUUUACUGGCAGCUCGCGACACGUUCCCUGGAAAAUGCAACGAUCGCGAGCAUUCCAGCCGAUUACAAAAUGUCUCGACCACUGGUAACGCUUCGGUUUUCUUCUGGAAUUUCUGCGGCCAAUUCUGUACAAGUGUUUCGAACUUCGAAAAGGUUUCUAAUCGCCUUACAGCACUUCUCCGAUUAGGAGAAAAGUUUCGAGAGGAUGUUUUCUUCGAAACGCUGAAACGGUAGGUGGUCUUUGGAUGUCUUUCGUGGAAUACUGAAACGUGUCGUAUCGGGAAAAAUCUUUCUGGCCUUUCUUGGAACAGUUUUCGACGACAGAUUUUAUAAUGAUUUUUUAACCGGGCCCCUCGGAUCGCUGGCGAAGAUCAAGGUGAACUUGUUGUUCCAAACUGAGAUUUCAACAACCAAGUAAGACAAAUUAACCCUACAACGUUGGCUCCGGCGUGAAAAAUAUCCAGUGUCCAAAACGCCUAAACGAACAAUUUUCGUUGCCGAGGAGGAUCCGGUUGCGCAACGCCUCUUGAAUAAUUAUCGGGGGAAAAAGAAACUAGGACCGGAACUGCUGUGUGCCAUAACUCGACGCCAGAUGAAAACUUUUUAAGAACGCGAAACUCGCAAGCGUGAGAAGCCUUCUGAAUUGCAAAGGAAACAAUGGCCUGGACUUUACACAUUUCUCUGCGCGGAUACUCCUCUGGUUUUAUCAAACAGGUGCUUCCAGGAAUGCUGAUUUAAAUCGGCACUAUUUUCGCAGUCCUGGUCAGAAAAAGAGAAAGAGAGACUCCUCGUUUACAUGGCAAACAGGACGAAACACGUGAAAUGGAACCUGUUCCCUUCACACUUGGCGACUUCUUCGGACACGCUUCCUGGCGUUUAAGCACGUUUGCGGAGUGACCAGAGAUUUAUCGCUUCCUACAUCUUCGAUCGCGAGCACCGUUGUGCUAUCUUGCGAUCCUGAUUCGAUCCGCUUGUACGUCGAUGGCUGUAAUCGUUUAAUAUCGACGAGACUUUACAACGUUUUAAAACAAUUAUUUAUGAACGAUAAUAUUCUCGUUUCUUUCUAGACGGAAUAAGAAAUCAACUAUGGAUCGCGCGAUGCACGGUAACUGAUUAAUAUUUCAGAAAUUACUCAGAGUUAUCGGAAGUUUAACUAUUCUACGGUUUUCGUAGAAUCUUAGGAUAUAUAGAUUCGACUGAAAAUAUGCGCUACAAUAGGAUGCAGAACUUCUAUAAAACAAUACAAAAAUUGUGCCACCUGUUUCAUUUACUUUCGCAGCGGAUGCAGAACGCAAGAUUGGUCGGGUUCCUCGUCCGAGAGUUAAGCUAGGUACACACCGGCAGGACCAAUAUCCUUGACUUCCCGAAAAAUUCGAGCCGCGAUCAUAAUUCAGGACCGCCGGGGGUUUGCUAUUCAAAGUGGCCUCCGGUUUACCCCCGUCGGGGAUUGGAAUAUCCUGCAGGACGAACAUCCUGAACGGGCCGAACGUCCUCUCGCAGGCUGAUCAAACAGAAGGCUCUCUCCUCUCGUCCUAGUUGCAGCUUCGCGUCGCCUUAACCCAGUUCCUCCUAACUUCCGGCGGCACCGAUCGCCGCUACCGACGGCUUAAUUACCCCGGGCUUCUAAUUAGCGUGUCCUGGACCAUCCGGCGACGACGUGUUCGAAGGGCGACGAGAACGCUCGGCGAGAUUUCGCUUGUACAGGUGCGGCGGCAGCUAACGAAAAAGCCUGAGAAAGAGAGAAAUGCGGGGAACGCGGAUUUCUAACGACUAUAAUGAGUGACGAUGCUAGUCGACCCGAGAAUCAUUGAGAAAUAGAGGGAUGGGAGAAGGAGGAUAUGCGAGAGUUAGGAUGACGAGUACGUGUAGCGUACGCCAAAUUGAACUUUAUACUGUAAGGACACUUUGUAAAUAGGUAACCAGGCUGUAAGUCUUGCUGCGUCUCUGUCCGGCGAUGGAAAACCGUCGACGAUCGUUGGGAGAAGUUUUAAUGGAAUUUCGGAGCUGUUGCGUUCAUUUUCACGGGAGCCUUCUCCCUGGACGAGUAAGUUUGUUAAAUUGUCGGGGAACUCGUCGAACGAUCCGCGAUUCUCGCGAUAGAUCGUUAUCGUUCGUGUCGACGCAUCGAGUUGUUCGGAAAGUUUGCUGCUGAACGCAAACAAUCGGAAACACUUUUACAUUCGACUCUGAUCGGUGCGAAGAUAACCAUCGAAUAAAUUAUUCGUUUGUCAGCUCGCAACAUUCCGGACAAUCCAGUGAUUAAAAAUGCUUUGUUGAAUUUUCCUCCGACGAUGGAGUAAGGGGGGUGAAAGGAGCUUUGUUAAGUAUCGCCGGAGAAUUCACGAAAACGAGGCGAAAAAAGAGCGAAAGCCGGUCUCGUGUUUAACGAAUGGAAUUCGCGGUGUAGGAAAUUGAAACGAUUCGAACGGCCGGAGUUAUGCCGUUCGAUAGGAAAUUGAGAUUUUCGCCGACGGUUUUCCAGGCUCGGAGAGGACCGAACAAUAUCUGUCGAACAUGGUUGUUGUUUUUAUAUCGACUGUCGUUCAAAAUUCUAUUGUACACUAUAAUACUUGCCCUUGUUGUGUUUUAUUAUCAUUCAAUAUUUUAUCUCGUGCUUCGAUCGAUAGAUUACGAUAUUUAUGUAUUAUACGUACCGCUAAUCCCAUAGCGAAUGAACGAGAGGGAGAGCAUGUGAGGAUGGAACGGUUUGUAAAGAUUUGUAACGAGUGUUUGCAGAAGAGAAGGGAGAAGACGGGGGGAGACAGGAUGCAGGAACGAGUCACGUUUUUACCGUGAAAACGAGAGAACAAUUAUUAUACAUUGUCGUUCGUCCUCGCGCCGCUUCGAUAUUCGUAUAUUUAUGUAGUAGGCUCUCGUCGCCGAUUUCUUGUGUAUAUGCGCGCGCGCGCGCGCGCGUUGUAUGCACUCGUGUUGUACGCCCGUCGUCGUAGCUGCAGCCAAGUGGAUGUCGCAUUAAACAAAAAUCCGGGACGAGCUCUCUCGUUCCGACAGACUGAAUGGAUCCUUUUUCGACUGUGAGCGAGGAUUUUUUUUCUCCAAAUAAAUCAGCUAAUUCCGUUAUGUUUUAA